AUGUUCAUCAAGGCAAAGAGGGAAUCGGAUGUCGAUUUCUACGACGACGCCGAUGACGACGAGGAAGAUGACGAGGACGACGAUUCCGAGGAGGAAAGAAUGAUGGUCGAGGAGAUGACCAGAGGGUACACUCUGGACUUCGAUUUCGAUCUCGAUACGAAGACGGCUCUACCCCGGGAGUCAACCUCUACGCAGUUUUCGGACGGGACGUUGGCAAGAGGUUCUUCGUCAAGUGGCUAUUCAUCGGGCACUACAUGGAAUUCCGGGCAUAUGACUACAAGCAUGUCUUUGACAACAGUUGAUGAGACUCCAACGACUCCUCCACCAUUGCCCCCUCCUGUCCCACCGGAGGAUUUAGAACAUUUAGAUAUUGGCCCGUCGCCAACCAUGCCUCCACCUCCGCCACCGCCGUCAAACGGAAUCAAACACCCAAUUAUUGCUCCUGGGUUGGCCAUAACUGGGCCUGCCGAAAUUGCACCUGGGAUUGACUUACCCAAACCGACUGGAAUCACCCCCGGACUGACCGUAAACAAGGCCAUCGGCGUGCGAGGCCGCAGACUUUCAAACCUGUCCGAGCCUGUGGAACCGCUCACGAUCGAGACUUCAAGCACAUCCAAGUUGGCGACCAUAGACACGAAGCCAAUUCCCACCACCGUGGUACAGGGGCCAUCGCCAUUGGCCACUGCAGCAACAGAACAGCCACCAUUACCGCCAAUCCAACCGUUGAGCAUCCCCCCAAAGUCACCCUCGUAUGAUGCUUCUAGGCCUGGUACAUCUCACGACCAGGACACCGACACCGAUGCUCCCCUAACAAUGAAAGGGGGCAGGCCGCUAUCGCCCCCUAUUCACGAACAUGGCGGGUUUUCGACAGCACCCCUGCAGAAAACUUUGUCCAACGAAAUCGCGAUGGCAUCGGGGCCCGAAUCACCGGCCCGGAUAGGGUACACCCCAAAGAUACCCGGGAUUCCUUCGUUGCGGCAAAUCCACUCCUCGGCCAGCUUGCGGAGUAGAAAUCUGACAAGUCCUGAAUUCGAUGUUCCCAGUACUCCAAAGAGUAGUCUGUUCUCAUCUUCAAGCACAUCCAACCUCCGCAAAGGCUUCCCUCGGUCGGUAACGCCCGGCAAUCCUAAUAUUCCGAUGACACCCCUUUAUCCGCCGCAAACGGCUGGUCUUUCUGGUAGCGGAAUGGGCCUUUUCGACAGCAAGAUGCAUUCCCCAACCAUGCCAGCCAACGGGGCCGAUCUAUCAGGACCAGCUCCUCUAGAGCCUUGCCCUCCGGAACCUCUGUCUCGGCCAUUCUGGCUGAUGCGCUGCCUCUACCAAACGAUUGCCCACCCUCACGGCGGAUAUGUCUCGACGAAACUAUUCGUUCCGCGAGAGGUGUGGUACAUCAAAGGAGUAAAGAUAAAGGCCAUCGAUGACAAGAUCAAUGCCUGCGACCUGGUUACUGCCGCGUUACAGAGACUUGCGAACGUCAAGCAAGAGCAAGUCAAUUCCGUGUUCGAGGAGAUGCAGGCCCUAGAGGGCGUAUUGGACCGUGCACAAGCGGUGCUGUCAAAGAAACUUGGGAACGAAGUGGGUGGCAUCGGCGCGAGGUCGCUAUACGGCGACAGUUCGACGGCCGAGAGCAAUGACAACAUGGUGACCACGAAGGUUGGGAAUGCCGGUGGCGGCGGAAAGUAUUUCUCGCUCAGGAAGUUACGUACCAAAGCGUCAAGCAAUGGUCUAGGCUCGACUUUUGGCGGCUCGGGGUCCGCGGCGAAUGGUGAAUCGUCGUAUAGCGGCCUGCCGAUGGCGGGUGCUGGCGUAAAUACUUCUUUGCAGCCGAAGCGCGAUAUAGACCAGGUGACGUUUGGUGGGCCACAGGCGAAUUACAUUGCUGCUCUGGCAAAACUGUUUGACUCGGCUCAAAUCUUAGAUCGCUUAACGGUUUUUGACGAAGCAGCGAUGCCGCAAAAAAUACCCAUAAAACUACGCAUAGGCUUGGAGCUGAGCCAUCGGCAUGCCGCAGAGUUUUUUGGCUUUUACAUUUGUCGUUUCGUUCUGGCGGAUGUUACGCUGCUCCUCGACAAGUUCGUCAAGAGGGGCGGUGAGUGGGUCUCGCAGUAA